AUGUCGCGUGUGCCAGUCAGUAGCUCCUAUUCCCGUCCAAGAUCGGGACUGGCCGAUGCUGCGGUUGACAACGUACGGCCGGAAUCGCUCGCAAGCUUAGGUUCGCUGGCCCCGUCUCUCAGCCAAUACGCGCUGGGAAAUGGUGCUGGAACCGUCGGUGCAGUGGCCGGUGGAGAAUCAUCGAUGGCACGCGGCGCUGUCGAUGGGUUCACGGCAACCCCGGUCGGUCAGCUGGGCGUGACGGCUUUUACGGAGGGCAUCUACACGGAAGGAGGCCACAUUAACCCGGCAUUCAGCGAGGCUAUGACGAACAGUGCUGGCCAGAUGAUGACGGAACUGGUCGGGGAGGAAACGAUGGACAAGAUGGAAAGGAUGGAGCAGAAAAUGGCACGCGCCGUGGAUAAGAUUACCGAUGUGGAGGUUUCGGCCGGCGAGCUGGCGAUGGUGGCUGGCGUGAUGGACUACCUGCCCGAGGGCGAGGAAGAACCAGCGGUGCCCGAGGACGUACCGGAUGCUGGGGAGACGCCGGACCUGUUUACCACGCCGCUGGAAGAGCCGGUAGAGGCGGACGUGACCGUGCCGGACAUGCAGGAGCUGAACGUGGGAGAGCUGGGACGGAUGGGCGAACCGACGGAGGAAUACAUUCCACAGAUGGAGGACGCUGGUGAUGCCGAUGCAGAUGGUUGUUGUUGCUGCUGCUGCUGCGGCGAGGACGGUGGCGAUGAUCUGUGCGGCUGUGACGAUCUGUGCGACUGCGGCUGCGGCAGCUGCUGUGGUUGCGGCGGACUGCUGGGCUGCGGUGACUGUGGGGACUGUUUCGGCUGUGGCGAUUGUAUCGGGUGCGCCGACUGUGCCGACUGCUGUUCGUUCGACUGCUCCAUAAUGUGAGCCUAAGGCCUGGUUACUUCUCGAAGGAGAGAGAGAGAGAGAGAGAAUGGAGAGAAACUAGUGCAAUCGUUACACCCGUCCGUUUCUAACUCAUAGCCACGCACUAGAGUUAGUUUGUAUGUGUGUGUGUGUGUGAGAGAGAGGCAGAUGGAACGAAGAGUGUGUGGUGCUAAGGCCUACUGCGUGUUCUAUUGCUGCUAAAGUGUACAAGUAUGUACAGCAAAAUAGAAUGUAAAAGACCAGCUAAAGUCCAUCUCGGUUGUCCAGUUGUCAUACUACUAACGUAAGCAGAUUAGCCUAGCGGACCUAAUUUAGUGUAUCAUAUUGAGCUGAACUUAGGAUAACAAAUUAUGGAGCUUUCCAUUUCUCACCGGGCAUAUGAGACAGGGACCCGAGCGUGUGUAUUGAUCCUCAGCUCCGGUGUGAGCAGAGAUUCGCCUCUAAACUGUAAUCCACGUGUGUCACAAAAUAUCUCCUCUAGCUAGGGUUUCCCUCUUUUUUAAUGCAGGCUAAGGGGAUGGUACAGCGGCUAGAAAGCUGGUUGUAAGUUAACACAGUGUAAUUUUUGGAAUAGUUUGUUUUUGUUUUAUCCCCUUAUCGGAACGUUGAAUACCGAUUGCUAGCCAAGCUGAGCCUUCCUACCCGUUUGUGUUCUGUAUUUCCCUUGAGCUUAUAUGAUAAAUGAUAUACGAAUUUAUGUACGAGCGUGUGUGCUACUCGCAUAAAAGUAGAAAUAAGAUAAGUUUUACAUUUUGUA